AUGACUGCCUCACUCCUUACCCUAGAUGUCAAAGGCGCUUUUGAUGCCGUGCUUCCCAGCAGACUCAUCCGCAGAUUACGUGAGCAGGGCUGGCCCACUAAUCUUGUUCUCUGGAUUGCCUCCUUUGCUACUGGGCGAUCAGUCCAGAUCCGACUUGAUGGAGAGAUUGGCCCCUCAAUAGACAUUGCCUGCGGUCUCCCACAAGGAUCCCCAGUAUCUGGCAUUCUUUUCAUGCUCUACAUAGCGCCCCUAUUCUGUCUAGGAAACCCAAGGAACAGAUUUGGUUACGCAGAUGACGCAGCUAACCUGGCAAUCUCAACAUCUCUUGCUACUAACUGCGAAGCAUUAUCAGACUCACUACAAGAAGCUCUAAACUGGGGCGCUGCAGAGGGCAUUACAUUUGCACCAGAUAAAUACGAGCUUCUUCACUUCUCCCGACAUAAAGCAGACCAGGACCUAACCUGCACACCUUCACAUGUUAGUGAAACAGCAUCUAAAGCCCUCACUGUGGCUAAUGCCCUUCGCUCUCUAGGGAAUACUAUCUGUGGAGUCAAACCUCAUUUACUACAGCAGGCUGUAUCAGCCUGUGUACUCCAUAAAGUAUACUAUGGCGUAGAAACCUGGUGGCCAGGAUGUACUCGCCCUGGAUCUUUCUAA